AUGAGUGGAAAGCGGAAUGUGUUGUGUAUAUUAAUAACAAUGAUGUGCCUUAAUAUAACAAUGGUGAUAUCUGCGCCACUACUUCAAUUACUGCAACCAUACCAGAGAAUAGCAAUGCAACAUUCGCAACAGAAUCUACAACAACAGUUAAUGGAAUUGCAGACAAUGCAGCAAUUCAAUCCAAUGCAACAAUUCGGACUAAAUCAACUUCAACCAUUUAUUGUUUUACUACCAGACCAGCCAAUAAACACAAACUUCAAAAUGAUACCAAAAAUAAGCGAUCGUAUCGAAAACGAAAUUAAUUUUAACAACGAUAAAACGAAAACAAAAGAAGAAGACGACUCAGUAGUUAUUGAUGCAGAACCAAUGCCUAUACUUGAAGAACAAAAAGGGUUUUUAGUAAUACCAAAUGGGAGGCUUUCAAUUGGAGAAUUUAUAUCAGCUAUCCCUUUUCUGCCAAUAGAAAUCAACGUUCCUGACACAAUAUCUUGGGCCUACAAUGGCAUAUCUAGUGGAAUUUCAGGUAUAAUUUCUAUAAUAGGCUCAAGGUUUCCUUCUCAAAGGCCGGUAGAAGAUGUUUCAACGAAGAAUGUGAAUUUGAAGUCUAUGAUUAACGAAUUGCAAAUGAACAAUAGGAAUAAUAUUAGACCCCUUGUAAUUAUGCCCUUGGGAGGUUUAAGUAGACCGAUUUUGCCUUUCCAGCUGAUAAGAUAA